AUGAGACUCACUCCUGAAGGCGCCGAAUAUCACUAUGAGACUGGAGCUUUCAUCAUCGUCUCUGACCUUCCCGAGGGAUCUCAAGUCGGCAUCGAUGGGGAAGACAAGGUCACCUCCCAAUUCAUGGGUUACAAGAUGAUCCCUUCGGGGCUCCACCUGUUCACGCACUCGCCACCUGCAGCUUCAGACGCUCCGAUGGCCAUGCCCGUACGGCAUGGUCUCUUCAGGACGUUACGAAGUCGCCAGACGCUGGUCCUGAAAUACUCGGCCGAGGAGGAAGAAUUGAUUCCCAACCUCGCUGACGCUCAGACGGGAGAAGAGGUGGAGACGGUCUUGACACGGGAGCAUCUAAAGACUUUGGAUCCCAAUCUAGGAGUCUACCCACUUUACCUCGCCAAGGUAUGGCAAAACAUGACGAACUGUAUUACGACGGGAGAUGUCGAGCGGGUUGUAGGCAAGGCGGGCAAGCUGGAUAGCCUGAUGGAAUCCCCUGCGGAUGACGAGGUCGUCAAGGGCAAGGGAAAGGUGCAAAAGGUGGCCCAGACAGGGGAGAUGAACACGUUGGACUUUGUCGCUUUCGAUCUGAAACGGUCGUGGGGGGCAGAUGCGGUCGGGGAAGAGGUCACGCGGUAUUCGAAGGACAAGAGCUGGUUAUGGAGACACGUCGUAAAUACGCACCUUGAAUCAAAUCCACAGAGACUAUUGGCAGAGAUCCAGCUGGCUUUCGUCAUCUUCCUCUACGUCCAAAAUUUUGCGGGGCUCUUGGCCUACAAACGGCUCCUCUCGCUAUGCGCUCGCUGUGAGGAGCUCUUUCAAGACUUGGACGACGUAUCUCCAGCGGACGGUGUGACCUUGACACGGGAAUCGAUCGGACAGUUCUACUCGUUGCUCAUCAAGACGCUCGAGGUGCACAUCAAGGUCGUCCCAGAGACGUUCUUUACCGUGGAGCUCGCUGGGACGGGGAUGGAGGACUUUUGGUUCGCAGAAAUCGAGACCUUGAUCCGCAACUAUGGGUCGAACGCUCGACGAGGGGAUGUGGAAUUGGACAGCGCCAUCGGGUCGCUGAGCGAGACGGUCCGAAGCAAAUUCGGCUGGGGCCUGCCCGAUCUAAGAAGCGUGAGAAGGAAGGCUGAGGAGGAUGAGGAUGACGAUGGAGACGAGUUGGAAGAAGGUGAAGAUGCGCCUGUCGUUGUAGAGCUGUAG